UGCCGACGGGCCCUGAGCUCGGCCUGCUUCCCCUCUGGCUCUCUCCUUGGCUUAAACCCCGACCACACGCAGCCGCCGCCGGCGAUCCUCCUCCCUCCUCCCAUGUUGUACGCCGCCGUGGCAGCUCCGCGGAGGCACACGGAAGCUCAACGCGAGGGAAGCUCGAGCUCGACGACCUCCACACAGUAGCCCGCAGCGCGCGCCCCCGCCAUGAGACCCUGCCCCUUCGGAUGCGCUUCCGACCGCCCAUUCCCCUCCGCCUCCUCCUGCCUCAACUCUGGCGCCGCCCUUCGCCUCCUCUCGCAUAUAUCCCUAGGCCCAUAUCCUCAUAUCCCUCCGCGGCAGCCGUGGCGGCGGCAACGGAUUCCGAGGAGGACGCCGUGGUUGCUAGGGAUCCACGGCUAGCGCCUCAUUUUGUGGGCAGGCCAGGAGGGUCGCCUAGGUUUGGGGAGAGCAAGGCGGAGUCCGUUAGAAAGGCCUCGAUUGCCGCGCGGUUCAAGCUCUGCUAUGAACUGCUGCGGCAGAGGAGGUGGCGGGAGAUGCGGGGCGGCUUGGCGCAGGUGGUCAGCGAACAAGGAUCCGGGUCUGCAGCCAUUCUCUGUGAUAUCUUGUGGAGUGAGUUCAGAGAGUAUGAUUCCAGCGGUGUUGUAUGGGAUGCUCUAGCAAAUAGUUAUGCAAGAACUAAGAUGGUUCAUGAUGCUCUUUACGUUCUCAGUAAAAUGAACAGCCUGAAUAUGCAAAUAUCAGUUUCCACCUAUGAUAGUUUAUUGUAUGGUCUACGGAAGACAGACAUGGCAUUGGAGCUUUUUGAUGAAAUGGAGGCAUAUGGUAUCUCUCACAGCGAAUAUUCACAUAGCAUUCUCAUCGAUGGCCUCUGCAAGCAAAAUAAAGUUGGAGAGGCUUUAUCUUUCCUUCAAGAGGCAAGGGAAGGGGGGACGUUUAGACCAUUGGGAAUGUCCUUUAACACUCUGAUGUCUGCAUUGUGUAACUGGGGAUUUAUUCAGCCUGCAAAAUCAUUUUUAUGUCUGAUGCUGAAGUAUGGAUUAAAGCCUAACAGGUAUACCUAUUCUACUCUUAUACAUGGUCUGUGUAAAGUAGGUUGCCUAGAUGAAGCAGUGGAUCUUCUUGAGAGAGUGACAAAAGAAGGAAUGAAACUCGAGACUGUCACCUACAACAGCCUUAUUAAUGGUUAUCGAUUGCUUGGUUUGACAAGAGAAAUUCCGAAAAUAAUUCAGUUUAUGAGAUACCAAGGGAUUGAACCUGAUCUUGUUACUUAUACCAUACUUAUUGCUGGUCAUUGUGAAGGUGGUGAUGUUGAAGAAGGGAUGAAGAUAAGAAAGGACAUCCUAGACAAAGGGCUGCAGUUGAAUAUUGUCACAUACAGUGUCCUUCUCAAUGCUCUCUUCAAAAAGGGUUUGGUCUAUGAGGUGGAGAACUUACUUGGUGAGAUAUAUAGUAUUGGUCUAGAUAUGGAUGUCAUUGCAUAUUCCAUCCUCAUCCACGGCUACUGCAAGCUAGGCGAAAUUGAAAGGGCACUAGAAGUUUGUGAUGUUAUGUGCUGUUCUCAGAAGGUAGUGCCAACCUCACUGAACCAUUUAUCAAUUCUUCUUGGACUUUGCAAGAAAGGACUUCUAGUUGAAGCAAGAUGGUAUUUGGAAAAUGUAGCUAGCAGAUAUCAGCCAGGUGAUGUAAUACUUUAUAAUGUAGUUAUCGAUGGUUAUGCAAAGGUUGGCGAUAUUGGUAAUGCUGUCUGUCUGUAUGAUCAGAUUGUUGUGGCUGGUAUGAAUCCAACCAUUAUCACAUGUAAUUCUCUUCUGUAUGGCUAUUGCAAAUUUGGGGAUUUACACGCUGCAGAGAGCUAUUUCAGGGCUAUUGAGAUAAGUAAUCUGCUGCCAACAGCAGUAACAUACACGACCUUUAUGGAUGCACUCUCUGAAGCUGGAAAAGUUGACACUAUGCUCAGUUUUUUUUAUGAAAUGGUGGGAAAAGGGAUCAAGCCAAAUGCUGUAACUUACAGUGUUGUUAUUAAAGGACUAUGUAAGCAGCUCAGAUUCCGUGAUGCUAUCCAUUUUCUGAACAAUAUGGAUGGAGCCGACCCAAUAACUUACAAUACGCUUAUACAAGGGUUUUGCGAAGCACAGGACAUCCAGAUGGCUUUCUGCAUACAUGACCGUAUGUUAUGCUGUGGUCUAGUGCCCACACCUGUUACUUAUAACUUGCUUAUCAAUGUGCUGUGCUUGAAGGGGAAAGUUAUUCAAGCAGAAAUGCUAUUGGAAUCCCUCAGAGAAAAGGGCAUUGAAUUGAGAAAAUUUGCAUACACAACAGUAAUCAAAGCUCAGUGUGCAAAAGGAAUGCCUUACGAUGCCAUUUCAUUAGUUGGUAAGCUUAUUGAUGAUGGUUUUGAAGCUUCUAUUGAAGACUUCAGUGCUGCAAUCAAUCGACUUUGCAAAAGGAAAUUUCCUAAAGAAGCCAUCAUGUUCAUUCCGAUUAUGUUAUCUGUUGGUGUUUUCCCGGACAUUCGAGUUUAUUUUGUGCUUGUUAGAGCUCUGCGAAAAAGUAACAUGCUUUGCUAUAUACCCAUAUUGCACGCACUUUCUGUCAAAACUGGUAUAUAGUACCCUGAUCAUGUAUUGAGAGUUAAAGACUUGGAGGUUCUGUGUCCUCAAAUGUUUGUAUAGAUGAGGAUUCAGGACAGUGCAACGUAGGCAGCGAGGGUGGUGCUGUAGGCUGCGGCGUUGCAAUCUGUCGGCAGUCCAGCACCUGUCCAUGUUGGCUAGCCAGUGAAAGAACUUCACUCUCGGCGGUGCCCAGUUCUUCCAAAUGAGCUUUGAAGCGCUGCAGCUGGUGGAUCCCUCGAAAGUAGCAAGAACGAGCAGAGUAUGUGCUGCUGGCACUCCACUUCCAGAUCAGCUGAUCCGGCUCGUCUGAGAGGGUGGUGUGCUCAAUGGUUCGCCAAAGCAGCAGGUACUGCUCAAUCUCGUGGACGCCCAGGUUCCCGUGGAUAUCGCGUGUCCAGGCGUGUGCAUGGAGCCCGUCAGUGACCGAUUGAAGUUUUCGUCUUCGCUUAGCGAUGCAGGCAUAUAGCUUUGGGGCGAUCUCGCUCACAGAUUUGCCCCCGAUCCAGCGAUCCUCCCAGAACAAGGCCGUUUGGCCAUUGCCAAUGAUCAUGCUGGUGGAGGCAAAGAACAAUGAGCGCUCCUCUACCGAGAACUGCAGGUCAAGGCCAGCCCAAGCUCGCCCAGUCUCCGUCCUGCUGAACCAUUGCCAUCUCAAUCGCAGCGCAAGCCCUGCUCUAUCAAUGUCCUGGACGCCAAGGCCACCGAGGGGUUUCGAAAAAAAAAGGCCACCGAGGGAAAGUGGCCGGCAGACUCGUCUCCAUUUUACAUGGCAGCAGUUAUGCCAAGGCAUAAGGCAUAUUACAGGUGAAACUGUGAAUGUCCACAAGUCAUAGUAAAAGUCGUGCAUUGGAGACUUUGAAAAGUGAAAUACGCCUCAUAUUCCUCAACAGAGGGAGUAAUCAGUUUUGCUGUCUCAAGUCUCAACAAUUAAAUAUAUGCAACGACCUUUCAUCAGCUUUGCCAUUGGGAUACAUAAUUCAACUGGAAACAUUUAUCUGGUAGCUCAUUUCAGAUGCAAGGAGAGUACACUGGGAAUAUUUUCACUGAUCAUGAGCUUUAAUCCACAAAAAUGAUUUCCCCUCUUUUCUUGUGAUACGCAGGACCAUCGAUGUUUAACAACAGUUGAAAUACAUCUGGUUCUGCACUCAAGAUUGAAUGGCAUUAAGGUGAGCCGUCACCAUCGCCCAGCCCUACCUCGUCGUUGGCUGGAGUAACAAGUUAGGAAAGAAUCUGAACGUGAAUCUGCCAGUUGCGGUAGUCAUGGAGCCAGCCAAUUAAGCGUAAUCGGGGGCUGACCAGAGGUGGGGAGAUAUGUACUUCCAACGGCACAGAAAGAUGCCACCGAACCAGUGGAACAUCAGCACUGUAACAACAAUUUUACUUUGCUAUUCAACGGUCACUGUGCGAGCAUCCUCACGGAAAACCAAGUUGAUCCCAGGAAAUCCAUGAAGCAUGAACGCACUUGUCGGAUGGAAGAGGACAUGGCCUGAGGCUAGGCAUCUAUCUAUCUGGGCAGGGUGGUCCACAACCUUGUGCAAGAUUUCUUCCAUGGAGCUAGCAUCUCCUGAGAUCUAAAUGAGCAAUCUGGUGCAUCACCGAAAGCCAAAACUUGAGGGAUCGGUACAUGGGUGGUGGCCUGCUGUUAACACUCCUCAGGGCACGUUCCUGUCAGUUUUCGUCCUUGAUGUGCUCUAGUCGUUUACGAUCCUUUACUGAGCGAGGCUCCGCGUUUUAUGCAGUUUCUCGCAAUUGCAUGCGUGUCUGUUCAUCAUGUACAGUUGUUCUGUUGUUGAUGUAUGUUGUAAUCAGAUCAUGCUUACUGGUCAGAGACAACAGUUGUUUGUAUUAAGAAGAGGUACGAAAUCAGUGAUGUGCAUUGUUCAA